AUCACGCAUUAAAAACAUCAGGGUAUCAUUUUCAUUUAAAACGUACACCAUUUAAGGUAAGCUUUGCCUUGUAUGGGCUCCAUGUAAUGUGGGGUUAACAGUUUAGUUGGUGUGAUAAAAGCAGAGGGAGGACAUGGUACUCUGCAGUGUCUGACUCCGUCAUUCCUGGAUGUCAUCGUGCCCUGAGGCGCUGUUGGCUGAGCUCCAUCAGCCAGCCCAGACCCAAGCUUAGGAAACAUCAUAACGUCACCACAUGCAAACUGUGGUUCCAACAUAGAGAAUGCAGGGGGGGGACGUAACUCCAUGUCAGGCACAAGGCUUUGCUUCUCUCUGAACUCAACGUUGGAUAAAGCACAUGCUGUGUCCAUGGAGCAGAAUCGCCACCUUUGCUCCAGUCGGGACUCGAGCAUGGAUACAGCAGAGGACCGAACGGGCUUAAAGAUGGAGGGGAUAGAGAUAGAAGACACUGACUCAUGUACUGCACUCUCAGAUGAGACGCACCAACAUCUGUCAAUCGGUGAUGAGCCGUCCAGCAGCUGCACUGAAGUCAGAGCCAAGUUCCGGCCCAGGCUCCUGGCCACUAAAAGCUUCCCUCCUUACAGCCAGUGUAUAGGUGGACUGGGAGAAGACACGGAUUGGGACAAUGAUCUAGACUCGGAGUUACAAAUGGCUUGCCAAUCAAAUGCAAAGGAGGAUAUGCCUCAUGUAAAACCUAAUGAAGUGGACGACCCUGCAAAGUAUUCCCGGGAAGUUCUCAGGGCCAGAUGGAGGUCCAGGAGGAAAGAGAGACAAGGAGGGAGCUUCGAUGUUGGCACGGACGGCUGCGACAGAGGAAGGUGGAGUGGGAAGAGGAGGGUUGAUGAGAGUGAAAUAACAGGGGAGCAUGAUGAUGAGGAAAGGGAUGAGGGGAAACACUGGAGAGGGAGAAGCUCCAGUUUGGAGAGAGGUGAGAACAAUGAGGGGAAGCAAGAUGGGAAACCUUCUUCCACCUCAGCAGCUCAGGAGGGGAACUGCAGCAGCAUGGAGGCCCCCGAGGAGUCGAACGAGGAGGCCGAAGAUAUGCCAAGUCAUCGGCAUCCAAUCCUCUCCAAGCUGCUGCACUCCUCCACCUCAUCCUGCUCCUCCAUCAACCUCUCUUCAGAAAGUGACGAGGUCUUCAGUGAUAUAGAAGAUGCAAUGUCUAAAAGAAAAACCUUCAAGAAGAGUCGCACCUGGAAAACCUUCCUGACCAUGAUGCAUUGGUCGCUUCGGCGCCAGAGUUCCUGGGUCCAGCUGGCUGGACAUCAAGGUAACUUUCAGGUUAGCAAAGGGGGAGAGGUGCUGAAACUCUACAGUGAGCUGGAGGCGAAGUGUCUAGACUGCCUGAUGAGAGAUGCGCUGAGACCCUUUGUUCCGCAGUACCAUGGCUUAGUUACCAGAGGAGAGCACUGCUACAUCCGCCUGGAGGACUUACUCAAUGGCCUGAGAAGGCCUGUUAUCAUGGACUGCAAGAUGGGAGUAAGGACAUUCCAGGAGGAGGAGCUGAUCAAAGCCCGAACCAAGCCCAAUAUGAGAAGCGACAUGUACCAAAAGAUGAUAAAAGUAGAUCCAUCAGCACCAACAGCUGAGGAACAUGCACAGAAAGGAGUGACCAAAUGGCGCUACCUACAAUGGAGGGACACUACCAGCUCUACGUCUACGCUGGGCUUCAGGAUUGAGGGCAUCAUGAUGGAGGACGGCACUGUCCAGCGAGAUUUUAGAAAAAUCCAGACUUUGUCUCAGGUCACAGAAGCGUUACUCUACUUCACCAGGAAUCAGUUGGAGACUCUGAACGCGUACCACUCCAGACUCUUGGACCUGAAGGAUGCGCUUAGGAGUUCACAGUUCUUCCGAAACCAUGAGGUAAUUGGCAGCUCGCUUCUCUUUGUCCACGACCACAACAAGGCCAGCGUUUGGAUGAUAGACUUUGGGAAAACGAUGCCUCUUCCUGAUUUGAAGGAGCUCCAGCACAGCGUCCCUUGGGUUGAGGGGAACAGGGAGGAUGGGUAUCUUAUUGGUCUGACCUCCAUCCUCACAGCGCUGAGCCAGGCCAUCAGCGUAGCUGAGGGGCAGCAGGGGGGCAGCUGAGGGGAGGAAUAGAAAGACACAUGAAGUUCUCUGAGAGUCAGUGACACAAACUCCUGGAUUUCAGGAUGAAGCAGAAACAGUGGCUGCUUCAGUGAAGCCCAAUUUAAAUAUAAAAAGUGGAAGCUAGUUUUUCUUACCGUGCAUCUGGUAUGUACAAAACAAUCAGACGAGCUUUUUGUUAUAAGAAAUAAAGAUUUUGAGAUUUGUUUUUUUUUGUAUAAAAUGUAAAAAGAUAAGUUGUAAAAAAAAAAAAUGUUUUCUUUAAGCGCUAUGUCACGCACAAAACCUCACGUUCUGCCUGUUUUAAGUCAGUACGUGUUUAUAUAUUUAAUGUAACUUGGCUUUUAAAUAAGAAAAACCGGUAAAACUGGUCAAAUGUAUGU